AUGUCUACAGGAGUUUGCGGUAAACGGGUCGGAUACGACGAUUACUUCGGGUCUUCCUCCUCCCCGACGAAUAAGAGAUCUAAGUGGUCAAGCUUCGGAUCGCCGCUCCGAUCAUCCGAAAUCGGGUCUGGAUCCGAUGACCCGGUUGCAUCCUUGGUCCAUAUGUUCCCUACUAUAGAUCCUGAGUUUGUGAGAAAGGUUCUUAGCAACAAGAACAACGUGUUUGAAGAUGCAAAAGAGAGCUUACGCUCCAUCUCGUUCAACGGCGAAGUUAACGCUUUUGAUGGAGCUGUGGAAAACUGGAGAAAUGAGGAUAUGAUCGAUGGAGCUAAAUGGGUUGAUAGACUUGUCUCCGAGAUGGCAAAGGCGAUAGACAUUGAUGAUAUGAGGCGACGUAUUGUGGUGAUCUUAGAAGCGUUAGAGAGAAACAUAAAGCACAACUCCAAUGUCUCAGACAAGCUUGAAUAUGCGUCGUUAAAAGAGAAUCUACAGAGUUUGGUCAAUGACAACCAAAUCUUAAAACGGGUCGUGGCGAAUCAACACCAGCGGAUCUCUGAAAACGAAGAGAAGGCCAAAGAAGUGCAGCAUUUGAAAGGCGUGGUGGGGCAAUACCAAGAACAAGUUCAUAAGCUAGAGCUAAACAACUACGCCAUGGAACUCCAUCUUCAAAGGUCACAGCAACAACAGCAACAACAGCAACAACAGACUUCUUUCUCUGGGAACUUGCCUCCAGACGUUUACUAA